CUGGAUACGCUCCAGCUGCCUUUUCACGACGCCAAGGGCCUCGGGUACUGGGGGAUCAUCGACGGCGUGCGUCUCGGCAACCUCCGUCCGACAGUGAGCGCAAACUGUCCGCCGUGGCUGCGAGACCUCGCCGACGCCUGUCUGUCGUUUGACCCGACGCAGCGUCCGUCUGCGCAGAUGAUUGUCGAGUCGCUUCAAAAGGUACUCUAUCGCAGCGAGGAGCUUUCGGUGCUUAUCGUGCAGGAGCCAACGACCAAGUUAGCCGAACCACGAGCUGUGAGUAGCCCUGUGUGCAUCAUGUCGACCAAGAGCCCAGAACCCGUGAUCAAGCCGCCAGCAAGCGAUAUGCCUAUCGACGCCGAUAAAGCGUCAACUGUCGACGCGCUUGCGUCCUCCAUGGCACCUCUAGCGUCCACUGGCACGGCGACGGAGUCGUCCACCUCGAUGCUCGUGAGCACGCAAUUCAUGUGCCAACUCUGUUUUGCAUCCAACUCGCUUCUCCAGACGCACUGCGAGUCUUGUACCGAAGAGCUCGCUUCCACUUUGACCAAGCUCCAGGUCGUUUUGAAGCGCGUGGCAGUUGCCAAGAAGAAAGAAUUGAAGAUCAACGAUGGCCUUGUGUGCAUCUGCUGCGACGCGCAGCAAUCAAUGGAAGCGACGGCCUGUAGCGAAUGCAAUGAAGCGCUCCCCAACGACCAAUCGAAACUCAGCAUCCUUCUGCGCCGCAUCGAGAAAAUGACCAAGGCGACGACGUAA